UCGCGGUCCAGCUGAGGGAGAGAGGCGGGGCCCAACAUGGCGGCUGCGCGGCCCCGCCUCAGCGCUGGGCGGGAAACUUCGUGCCGGCGGGUGAUGGAGGCGGCGGGCGGCGAGCAGCGGGAGCUGCUCAUACAGAGGCUGCGGGCCGCGGUGCACUACACGACGGGCUGCCUGUGCCAGGACGUCGCUGAGGACAAGGGCGUGGUGUUCAGCAAGCAGACCAUCGCUGCCAUAUCCGAGAUCACCUUCAGGCAGUGCGAAAACUUUGCAAGAGACCUCGAGAUGUUUGCCAGGCAUGCGAAGCGAAGCACAAUCACUUCAGAAGACGUGAAGCUUCUGGCUAGAAGGAGCAGUUCUUUGCUUAAGUACAUCACACAGAAGAGUGAAGAGCUUGCAUCGAGUAACAUGGAACAAAAGGAGAAGAAGAAGAAGUCCAGUGCAGCUAAGGGAAGGAGAAUUGAGGAAAGCGAAACACCUGUGACUGAAAGUGAAGAUUCCAACAUGGCCUGAUUUACCUUUCAAGUAACUUCUCAGGUCAUUUUCCCUUACUAUCCUAGAAGACCAAGGUGAGCCUGCCAGCCAUUGCUCUUGCAGGUCAGCAAGCUUGAUGAAUCUGUAGUUUUAUUAUGUAAAUGUGCUUAGUUACAUUUUCUUGUUCCAAAACUGAAAGGUCUGUCAGAUUUCAACAAAGUUUACAGCCAAAAUGCCUUAAAUUGUUCACUAAACUAAAAUCUUACUGUUAUUAAGAAGAAACACCUUUAUAAUAAUUUAAUUUCUCUGAUAAUUGACUUCUUCCUCACUUCUGAUAGAUUUAUUUAGAUAUUAUAAACAUUUUCCUUUUUAGUAGCCGUAUCUCUUGUUGUCUUGGCAAUUAAAGCCUAUUCUGUGUUAUUUUUCUCCUGUGAUCUUGCCGAUGUACAGUAAUCACCUUCAAGAAGUUGUGACACUUUCUAAACGUUGUGGAAUGCA